AUGGAAAAAAUCAAUAAAAUUUUACAAGGUACAAAUAGUGAAUAUAAAUCCGAAUGGUUUGUCGAUGGAUUCGAUUGUUUUGAAUUAUUUCAACAAAGACAUGGAUAUACAUAUGAUGAUUUAAUUAUGUUACCAGGACAUAUUAAUUUCUCAGCCGAUGAUGUAUCAUUAAAGACCAAAUUAACCAAGAAUAUCAGUUUGAAUGCUCCAUUAGUUAGUUCACCAAUGGAUACAGUUACAGAACAUCUCAUGGCAAUCAAUAUGGCAUUAUUGGGUGGUAUUGGUAUCAUUCAUUACAACAAUACCGUUGAAGAGCAAGUUGUUGAAGUUAAAAAGGUGAAAAGAUUUAAGAAUGGCUUUAUCACAGAUCCAAUCGUUUUAUCACCAACACACAAGUUAUCCGAUGUGGAUAUGAUCAAACAAAAGUAUGGGUUCUCUGGUAUUCCAAUUACAGACACUGGUAGAAUCGGAGGCAAAUUAGUGGGUAUUGUUACAAGUCGUGAUACCGAUUUCAUCAAGGAUCGUUCCACCACCCUCUCCGAGGUAAUGACCACCGAUCUCAUCACUGGUCAACAAAAUUGUACACUCGAGGAGGCAAAUUCCAUCCUAAAGAGUUGUAAGAAAGGAAAGUUACCAAUUGUAAAUGAUAAAGGUGAGCUCGUAGCAUUGGCAUCACGUGAUGAUCUUGUAAAGAAUAGAGAUUUCCCAAUGGCAACCAAAGACCAUGAAAAUAAGAAACUCUUGGUCGGUGCCGCUUUGGGUACUCGUGAAACCGAUAAAGAACGUUUGGCCGCACUCAGUGAUGCUGGUGUCGAUGUUGUUAUUUUAGAUUCCUCUCAAGGUGACUCAACCUAUCAACGUGAAAUGAUUAGAUUCAUCAAGAGAAACUAUCCAAAGAUCGAUGUUAUUGGUGGCAAUGUAGUCACCACUUCUCAAUGUGAAAGUUUAAUCCAAGCAGGUGUAGAUGGUCUUAGAGUUGGUAUGGGUGUUGGUUCCAUUUGCACCACUCAAGAGGUUAUGGCAUGUGGUCGUCCUCAAGCCACCGCCGUAUUCAAAUGUGCCCUCUACUCUAGUCAAUACAAUGUACCAAUCAUUGCCGACGGUGGUAUUCGUACCAUCGGUCAUAUCAUUAAAGGUCUCUCAUUGGGCGCUUCCUCUGUAAUGAUGGGCAGUAUGUUGGCCGGUACCGAAGAGGCUCCAGGUGAUUAUUUCUACAAGGAUGGUAUGCGUUUAAAGAAAUAUCGUGGUAUGGGUUCAUUGGAAGCAAUGGUUAAAGGUGGUGAUCAAAGAUACUUUAGUGAAACCGAUAAAAUUAAAGUCGCUCAAGGUGUUAGUGGUAGUGUUGUAGAUAAAGGUUCCGUAAAGAAAUUCGUCCCAUAUCUCAUUCAAGGUAUUAAACAUGGUCUUCAAGAUCUUGGUUGUAAUUCUGUCACAAAUUUACGUGAAAGUGUUUAUGGUGGUAAAGUUAGAUUCGAAGUUAGAACCGCUGCCGCUCAAGUUGAAGGCUCUGUACAUAGUUUAUUCUCAUAUGAAAAACAUUUUAUUUAA